UCGCGCCCCUCACAGUCACCCUUUUCUCUCUCUACAAUCUCUCUCUCUCUCUCUCUGCCCAAGCCAGCAAGCAAAAACUCUGUGAGCAAAACCAAGCAGAGUAACCCUAGCUGCCCAAUCUUCCAAUCCCCGAUGUCCUGAUUCUUCCUUCAAUCAAAUCAACAACAUGAAGCGAGACCACAUGAAUCCAGACAAUUUCUCCAGCUCCUCUUCCUCCUCCGCCAUGGACGCCGGCGUCGACGAGCUCUUCGCCGUCCUCGGCUACAACGUCAAGUCCUCCGACAUGGCCGAGGUAGCUCACCAACUUGAACGCCUCGAACAAGUCAUGUCCACCGUCCACCACGACGCCGCCCUCUCCGACGACACCGUCCACUACAACCCCUCCGAUCUCGCCUCCUGGCUCGGAUCCAUGAUCUCCGAAUUCGAUUCCUCCUCCGAUCCCUUUCUCCACUCCGAUUUCGGCUCCGAUCUCAUCUCCAUCCCCGGUAAAGCCCUCUACCCCAAAUCCAACCCUCCGCACCCCAAAAAACUCAAAUCUACUCCUCCCAUGUCUGCUGCGACGCCGCUCCUACUAGUCGACUCGCAGGAGAACGGCGUCCGCCUCGUUCACACGCUCAUGGCCUGCGCCGAAGCCGUACAGCAGGAGGACUUCAAAUUGGCCGAAGCUUUAGUCAAAAACAUCGGAUUUCUCGCGGUUUCGCAGCCCGGCGCUAUGAGAAAAGUCGCCACCUAUUUCGCCGAAGCCCUAGCGCGCCGAAUCUACAAAUUGUACCCUCCCAAUCACCAGGACUCCGCCUUCAACGAUCUGCUGCAAAUGCACUUCUACGAGACCUGCCCCUAUCUCAAAUUCGCCCACUUCACCGCCAACCAAGCCAUCCUCGAGGCCUUCGCCGGCAAAACCAGAGUCCACGUCAUCGAUUUCAGCAUGAAACAGGGGAUGCAGUGGCCCGCCCUGCUGCAGGCGCUCGCCCUGAGACCCGGCGGCCCGCCGAGCUUCCGAUUAACCGGAAUCGGCCCUCCCUCGCACGACGAAACCGAUCACCUGCAGGAAGUCGGGUGGAGAUUAGCUCAAUUGGCGGAAUCGAUCAAUGUCGAGUUCGAAUAUAGAGGCUUCGUAGCGAGCUCGUUGGCCGAUCUGGACGCCGCGAUGUUCGACAUCCGCGAGGGGGAAACGGUGGCGGUGAAUUCGAUCUUCGAGCUCCACCAGCUGCUGGCGCGGCCGGGGGCAAUCGAGAAGGUGCUUCAAGUUGUCGGAAAAUUAAAACCAGAGAUCUUGACAGUGGUGGAGCAGGAGGCGAAUCACAACGGGAGUGUGUUCCUGGACCGGUUCACCGAGUCCCUGCAUUACUACUCCACACUAUUCGACUCGCUGGAGAGCUGCGGAGGAGGAGGAGGUGGAGAAGAGGGGGUUAGUGUUCAGGAUAAGGUGAUGAGCGAGGUGUACCUAGGGAGGCAGAUAUGCAAUGUGGUGGCGUGCGAAGGGGUGGAACGGGUGGAGCGACACGAGACGCUGGAGCAGUGGAAAAUCCGGUUCGGUUCAUGUGGGUUCGAGGGGGUUAAUUUGGGGUCGAACGCGUACAAGCAGGCGAGCAUGCUGCUGGCGCUGUUUGCAGGUGGGGAUGGUUACAGAGUGGAUGAAAAUAAUGGAUGUUUGAUGUUGGGAUGGCACACCAGGCCAUUGAUUGCUACCUCAGCUUGGAAACUCACUACUUAAUUAGAUUACUCAAUGCUAGUGUUUGUUUGUGUGAGAUUCUCAUUUACUACAUUCCUAGUUGAAAAAUGAUCUUAGUUCCUUUUUAAAUUACUCUCUUUUUACAUUAGGUGAAUUGUUAAACUGAAUUUUCUUGUGUAAUUUGGAUGGAAAUAUUGCACAAUAAAGCUCUUCUGUUUUGGGAA